CUGCAACCAAAUCUAUUUCCGCUUCGCGAAGCACCACGCAUCCUCAACUCCAGUUCGUCCAAUUAUUGGAAUCAAAAACUUCAUUCUAUAUCUUACAUCUACCCGGAGCAUCACACUCUCAAAGUGCCCGUUAUUGCUCAGUCUUUUAUAUUGACUGACGCCUGCAAGUAGCCAGCUUCAGCGUUCCUCAACCUUGCAUAUUCAAUGCGACAUUGACAAGUCAUGACAUCUCUUGAAAUUCCCAUGAACGAUGAAUCGACAUCCCAUACACAUUCCCAACAGAUUCUUUCAUCCACAGAGCCAACGACUCAUAACCCGCAGUCAUCUUCUUCCUCCUCCAGCCUCGUUGCUCCAGCGCAGCUACACGUAUCUCAAGCAACCUCGUGGACUCGCAUGGACUUGGCCAACGAGGAAACUUCAGGGGCAGAGCAGGUCGAACUGGAAAAAUUGGACAGUUUUGAAGUGAAGCAUAGGAAAACUUCAACCGAGCAGCUGUCACUUAGCCCACCACUCACUCGCGUACCUACCACCGACCGUGACAGCACAAGCGCACGCAUCCUAACACCGCCACUGGAAAACGAGGAACAAGGUCUGGAGGAGGUAGACAUUGUGAACCAUGAAUGGCAUCCUCUUGCACGUGCAGAGUCAGCAGCCAUGGUUGAUGGCUUGUCUUUACACGACCGCGAUAGCCUCGGUAUUGGUUCAGAGACAGAUAAGAAACCUCGGAGGCGAACAAAUCGCAAACCAACACAUCUAAACCUUGAAUUUAGGGAGCCUUCACCUCAGCCUUGGGAUAUCAUCGAUCCGCCACUUGACAACCGUGCAGAAAAUGAAAGUUACUCGCCUCUAUUGUACCCGUCUCAGCAUACUGGGUAUGUCCUUAAUUUUACUUGAGUGAUUUUUGCCAUGUUGAUCUUGACUUUUCAACAUAGGCAUCGGCGACCUUUAAUCCCCCACUCAUCAUACUACUAUGGACCACCUCCAUCAGACUCGGCCUACGGAACGCCCCCAGUGGGACAAAUUGGUGUUCAUCAUCCUCGAGAAAUCGUACGCAUUGAAAGGGAUUAUGGUGGGGGGGAACUGACUCAGUUCUCUUCAAUAUAUCCUAUUGAACUUGAUGGCCGAGUACUGCGCGCUCCUAUCCACCCCUUAGUCUAGCUUUCUAACC